UCAGAAUUUGACAAGAGAUAUGGAUACAAUAGCAUUAGAAGUCACGAAUAGCAACCAGUAUCUUCUCUAUGCUACUCUCUUUAUGAUGCCCAUCCUUCUUCAUGCCUUUAGCAGGUGCAAAGCUAAUAACAGCUUACAUCUGCCCCCCGGCCCUCGUGCAUGGCCCAUCAUAGGCAACAUACUCGACCUAGAUGGAGAAAAAACACAUACAUGUCUAGCGAACCUUGCCGAAAUUUACGGUCCCCUGAUCUCCCUAAGAUUAGGCUCAAAAUUGAUAGUAGUUGCAUCUUCCCCAGCAACUGCUAGAGAAAUUUUCAAGACACACGACCAGGCUUUAUCUGGUAGGCUUCCUUUGCGUAUAUCGAACGUGAUUCCAGGCGUUAAAAGUUCUAUGAUCGUACUAUCCGCGGAAUGUAACCAAAGAUGGAGGUUUUUACGUAGCACUGCACGUACCGAGCUUUUCUCCUGUCGAGCUUUAGAGUCACAUUCGAAUUUGAGAGCUGAGAAGGUCCAAAAUAUGCUAGAUUUUUUGGGUUUAAAAGGAGGUGUGGUGGUGGCUAUUGUGGACGUAUUAUACGCUACAAUUGUCAAUAUUUUGACAAAUACCAUGAUCUCCAAAGAUAUAAUCAACCUCAAGGAUAACGUGGGUGAGUUGAGGAAAUUUUCGAGGUCUCUAGUUGAGCUUGCUGUGCCUAGUAUGGCUGACAUAUUUCCUUUGGUUGGUGCUUUGGAUUUUCGAGCUAAGCGAAAAGCAAGGGAUUAUAAGGAAAAAAAUGAAGCUCUAUGGGCUGAUACUGUUAAUGAGAGAAGAGGGAAGCAGGAUUGUGGUACAUCCGGAGCAGAUUUUCUAGAUGUUCUCAUUCGACACUCAUUUGAUGAUUGUGAAAUCUUCAACCUCUUCAACGAGCUAUUUGUUACUUCUGAUUCAGUCAGCACCACGCUUGGAUGGGCGAUGUCCGAGCUAACAAAAAAUCAGGAUGCCAUGUUAAAACUUCGUGAUGAAAUCACAAAUGCCAUUGGAGGAACAGGCUUGUUAAGUGAGAGUCAACUGGCCAAGCUACCAUAUUUGCAAGCUUGUAUAAAAGAAACACUGAGAUUGCACCCUCCAAGCCCAUUUCUAGUGCCUCAUUGUGCAGUGCAAUCUUGCAAAGUGACGGACUAUGAUAUUCCAAAGAACAGCUUGGUGGUUGUAAAUGCAUAUGCUAUUGGACGAGAUCAAAAGACUUGGGAAGACCCUUUAAGCUUCAAACCAGAACGUUUUCUCGGCAAGAAUCUGGAUCUCAAGGGAACUCACUACGAACUUUUACCGUUUGGUGCAGGUAGGAGGAAUUGCAUCGGAUAUCCAUUAGCUCUGAAGCAAAUUCAAUUAGUCCUUGCUUCAUUGGUCCAUGCAUUUCAUUGGUUUCUCCCUUCAGGGAUGGAUCCAGAAACACUUGACAUGAGCGACGAGUUUAGAGUACCGAUGGGAAGGGCAAGCCCUCUCCUUUUGAUUUUGGAAAAAAGAAACGACCUAAGGAUUGUAUAGUCAAUCUCCAUUAAAUAUUUCCCGCAUCCUAUGUUCAAAAUCAUGUUUUGAUAUUCUGCAGGUUUCUAAAUAACAGUUACACUUAUGUAUGUUUCCCAUGGGAAGGCAAAUCUCUCUCCUUUUGUUUGUUGAAAAGGAAAGUAGAAGGUAAAAAAAGGAAAGGCAAGAAACUGUUAGAAUACCAUGGGAUACCAUUGGAGCACGAUUGAAUCAGUGUAUUGCCAGUGUACGUGGGAGCAGAAUGGGGUAGGUCCGGUUGGUGUUAGGUGCGAUUGGUGCACUACCUGUACAAUGUGGAUAUACGCUUAUAGGGACAGAUGUGUUUUAUGCAUUAAUAUGGUAUGUAUGAGUAAAAUUUAUUAGCACAAAAAAGUUAUAUAGGUUUACACCAUAUACUAUAAAAAAUACAACAAUCGCACAAUUGUACGAAAUCUCAAGCAAUUGUACAAUUGUGGCGUGU